AUGGAUCCGCCAGCUUCAAGGACACCGACAUAUGUCGAUGGGGCUUUGAUUACCGAUGUUGAGAAACACGGCGACAAUCCUGUCGUGAUCCGUCUAACCGAUGAGGAACUUCACUCAGGAAAUACCCGACCGGAAACACUGCAAGAAUGUCUCAAGUACUUCCACCGCGACGGCUUCGUGGUGCUGGAGAACGCCAUUCCCGACGAGCUCGUCGACCGCCUAUACAACCGCAUGGUACAAGACAAUGUCGAGUUCCUGCGGAAGAAGCAUAUGCAUUGGAAUCAGGGCGCCGCAACAGGGAAUGUCAGCCAGAUCCCACCACUCGAACCCGAAUAUUUGGACCGCGACUUCUAUGCAAACCCGCACAUGAUUCACGUCGUGGAAAAUCUGCUCGGACCUAAACCCGAGCUCCGUUUUGUCAACAGCAAUGUUGCUUGUCCGGGCGGGACGGCACGUCAAGCCGUGCACAGCGAUGUUAGCCACGCGUGGCCGGAAAUUCCGUUUGGGUUGGUGAUGAACAUCUACCUGCAGGACUCGGACGAGAGAAACGGGGUGACGGAGGUGUGGUGCGGGACUCACAAUGCCUAUCCACAGAAAGAACAACAGGCAUUUUCCGAUCGAGGCUGGAUCAAGAAAGAGUACAUCCAGGAACGGGCCAAAAUCAAGCCUCCUGUCCAGCCCAAGGUGCGGAAGGGCAGCAUCUGCUUCCGGGACCUUCGGCUCUGGCACGCUGGCAUGCCCAACAAGAGCGACAAGCAUCGCAUCAUGCUGGCGAUUGACUACUUUGCACAGUGGUACCAGUGUCCUAUGACCACCAAGCUACCAUUGACCAUGAAGAGCAAGAUCGAGCGCGAGUGGGAGGGUAUCUCGACGGUCGGAGUUGAAUGGGUCGAGGGCGAGCUCAACAGUCUGGACGUUCCCUUUUACCUCAACAUGACCCAGGACCCGAAUCUGUAUCUGCUCCAGACGGAGAAGGGCUUCCAAGAUCCCAAGGGAAGGCAGACAGGCGAGUAUAAGUUUGAUACGGUGAAAGUCACGGACCAGAAUUAUUGGACUCCAGAGUAA